UCCAGCCCGCUGCGCAUCCAUUACCCACUUGGGCCCUUAAGGCCUGUCUGGGCAGGCGGUGACCACCAAUGCUAUGGAGGCUCCUCGGUCACCCCCGCCUGGCUUCGGGUCACCUUGACCUGGGUUAAAAACACAGACGGAGGGUGCCCCGGUUCCUUUGCAGGGAGAAGUUCUUGAGGUUUAGCGGGCACGGCUGAUAGGCUGGGGGCCAGGGCUACAAUGACGAUUGUGACACAGUCCCCUCCCCAAAGCGUGCACAUACCUGCGGGGGGCCAAGUACAGAAGAACGUGGUAGCACCAGGACAGAUAAGGUCCGGAGCUAAGGAAGCUGAAAGGGAUUUUGGAUAUUUGCAUUUCCCAUCAACAUGUCAAGUGACAUGAUAAAACCAGGUCAUUCCGUUAAAAUUCAUCAGAAAGUUGAUCCACAACGGGCCACUGCUAGAACCUUUUUCAUUGAUGCUUCUAAUCAGAGCUUGACUACCAUUCCACCAGAGAUCUUCGACUUCGAAGAAUUAGAAGAAGUGCAUCUGGAAAACAACCAGAUUGAAGAAAUCCCCCGGGGUAUUCAGCGUUUAAAGAACGUCCGGAUCCUCUACCUGAACAAGAACAAGCUGAGAAAGCUGUGCCCAGAGCUGGGCACGCUGAGCAGCCUGGAGGGCCUGGACCUGAGCGACAACCCGCUCCUGUCCUCGGCCCUUCCUGUCCUCAGAGGCCUGCGGGGGCUGCGGGAGCUCCGCCUGUACCACACUGACCUGGCCGAGAUCCCCGUGGACCUCUGCAAACUCCUCCACCACCUCGAGCUGCUUGGGCUGGACGGAAACCACCUGAAAUCUCUGCCCAAGGAAGUAGUGAACCAUACCAAACUGAGGGAGAUCUACCUGAAGCAAAACCAGUUUGAAGUCUUUCCUCCCGAGCUCUGCGCUCUCCCCAACCUGGAGAUCGUUGACCUGGAUGACAACAAACUAACUGCCAUCCCACCGGCGAUUGGGAACCUGACCAGGCUGCAGAAGUUCUACGUGGCUCGCAACAACCUGCUCCUCCUACCCGAGUCGCUGUGCCAGUGCAGCAAACUGUCCGUGCUGGAUCUGUCCCACAACCGCCUCCACUCGCUCCCACACUCCCUGGCCGAGCUGUCGGGGAUGACGGAGACUGGGCUGAGCGGGAACCACCUGGAGAAGGUGCCACGCCUCAUCUGCAAGUGGACCUCGCUGCACCUGCUCUACCUCCGCGACACCGGCCUGCGGGCGCUGCGGCACUCCUUCCGGCGGCUGGUCAACCUGCGCUUCCUGGAUCUCAGCCAGAACCAUCUGGAACGCUUUCCGCUGCAGAUCUGUGCGCUCAGGAACCUAGAGAUCCUGGCGCUGGAUGAUAAUAAAAUAUGCCAGUUACCUCCAGACUUUGUAUCCCUUUCAAAGCUGAAGAUGCUUGGAUUAACAGGAAAUCAGUUGGCUUCAUUUCCAGAAGAAAUCCUUUCUUUAGAGUCUUUAGAGAAAUUAUACAUUGGGCAAGACCAGGGAGCCAAGCUCACCUAUAUGCCAGAAGACAUUAGUAAACUACAGAAUCUUAAAGAGCUGUAUAUAGAGAACAAUCAUCUGGAGUACCUGCCCACAUCCUUGGGAUCCAUGCCUAACCUGGAAAUUCUAAAUUGCUGCCACAACCUGCUUAAGCAACUUCCAGAUUCCAUUUGCCAAGCACAAGCUUUGAAAGAAUUACUGCUUGAGGACAACUUGAUCACCUGUCUUCCAGAGAAUUUGGAUAGCCUGAUGAAUCUAAAGGUUUUGACACUGAUGAACAAUCCUAUGGAGGACCCCCCAGGAGAAGUGUGCGCCGAAGGCAAUCAGGCUAUAUGGACAUACUUUAAGACAAAAAGAAACAUGAAAAUAAUGGCAACAAAGAUUCAGGCAUGGUGGCGCGGAAUAAUGGUCCGGAAAGGACUGGGGAGAUUUGAAGAACUAAAAGUGCAAAAGAAAGGAAAGACUUCUCCAAAAGAUAAGAAAGGGGGGGAAAAUGCAAAAGGAAAAGCUGUGAAGAAAAAUAAGAAAUAAUUCUAUAAUGAAUUGAGGUAAUGAACCCCGAUGGAUUACGAAGGCAAAACAUCUAGGAAUUAGAUACCUAGCACACUAAAAUUAUUCAUAGAAUUAUGGUUAUGUGUAAAAAUAAAGAUUCUCAAUUUAUUGAAAUA